GAAAAAUUUAGCUACUACUUGUUGGCAUUGAGUCAAACAUUCAGCUAACACUGUUCGUGCAUACUACUAACGAGCAGGUGUUACAUAGGCCUACAGGCCUUGCAGGCCCACAGGGCUUGGCCUGAAGAGGCCUGCAGCAAAGGGGGUCUCUUCAGUCAUCCAAAGAAGAAAGAGAGAGUGGGAGGGGCAUUGGCUUUUAACCUCUGGUCAAAGUCACUCCUCUUAGGGUUGACCUGACCAAUGAAAAAGCUGAAUUUCUGGGCCACAACAUCCCUCAUGUCGGGGCUUUUACGACCGAGCAUGAUUAAUCUGGCUGAGUUGUUGAAGAAGAACUAUUAAAGAUUCUUGUAAUAUUAAGCAAAGGUAUCGACAUAUCGUAUACAGCAGCAUUUAAAUCUUCUCGAUACGAACCUAUAGACACUAAACAUUGCAUAAUUGAAGUUGCAUUACAUGUAUCAUAAAACAUGUGAAUACAAUACUGAGUACAAUAUAACAAACAGUAAUAAUGGAUACCAUUUCCUGGGGAUAUUUCAGGCAUAUUGAGAACGUAGGGCGGGGCCUAAUGCUGAUAAACUGUCAAACAAUCAGAAGUAAGUCUGCUGUAUAUAAAGCUCUUGUCAUUGAGUUGAUUACCUGAAUGUGCUCCACUCGUGUGAAUUAGGUUAAUUAUCUGAACAUGCUCCUCCCGAAUUUUGUUAAUAAAACAUGAUUAGUUGGUGAUCCUGAUGUGGCCACCACACUAUUGCGAUUUAGACAUUAUAUUGAUAAGUCCUUUGAUGUAUAAGGCACCGGCACUGUAGCCGUUUUUUCAUUACAUUUCCUUUAAAUAUAACAGAUGUUUUAGAAAUGCCUCUGCAUCAUGUUUGUUAUCCAUAUGAACAGACAUAUUGUAACAUCUACCCGAGGGUUUGAAGUCUGCCCAGAUGAAAAUCAGAAAACAGGAGACGAGAAGAAAAACCAGAGGCAAAUGAACUGGUAGUCCCACGAGUCUUUAUAGAUGGUUCGCACAAUAUAGCACACUCUUCACAUACAUGCAAAAGAGCGAGGAUAAACAAGAAAAGAAAGCACUCUGAUAAACGCUACGAAUCAAAGUGGAAAAGUAACAUUAUUACACUGCAACAUCAGUCAGCAGUAGAGCAGUCAUCUCUCUCGUCACACGAGCAUUCUCUCUCAACUCCGUGCGUGCGCGCUCACAUAAGAACAGCAUGCACACUACAACGUACGCUAUAGAAGAAGUUAUCUUAAAGGCACAUCAACAUUAAUGUCUUGAACAGUAUUCAACAUAAUUUAGGUGGCCGUUACAAUAUUCACACUCCAGAAUAUAUUGAAUGAAUAUAUUGAAUUAUAUUCUUGAAUGAAUCAUUAGCUGUCAUUUAUUUAAGUUCUGAUGACUUUGAUCCACAGACAGUCCCAGACAUUGUAAUGCAAGCAUGUGUAUCAGUGAAAUACUAGAGAUUUUAAAAACACAGAGAAGGAACAAAGCAACUACACAUUAAUUAAGCAUUGACAAUGAUGAAGAGAACUGGGAAAACUAGGGCUUACAUACACAGUGAAUAUUAAUUAACAAAACAAGGAACAGGUGUGAAACUAAUUAGAAACCAUAGUAACAAACAAAGACGAGAACUCAGGUGAACAGUGAAAACGAACCAAAACAGAAAAUGACAUGACCUUGCUUUUAUUUUUAAAAUCAGUUGUACUUAAUUGAAAUCUUACAUGAAACGCAAGUAGGCCUAUAUAAUAUUGAAAACAGUAACUGAAAUGCAACAUAAUGAGACAUUCUGUUAUGAGAAGUUCAUUUGUGAGGGCUUUAAUUGGGGCAUUAAUUGGAGGCAAAAAAAAAAAGAAGUGCUUUCUGGACAGUGGCACUGUUGCUUUACUCCUGCCCCUUCUUGCUCGAGUCUAUAGGGAGAAGCGUUGCUCCAUCAACUAAAGUCCCAAGAUCAAGACAAUGAUCUAUUAUAAAUGUGUCUGAUAGCUGGUAGAAUAAUAAGAUUCUGGCAGCUUAGUAGAAGGUCACAAAAAGCCAGACAACAGCUAUCAUGAGCUCCACACAGUCAAACUUCUCUGCAAAUGUGACCUUUGUUCGUCCUGCAACAUUUUUCAUCAAUUCUAAUAUUCCACAUGCAAAAUACUACUAUGUGUUCUUGUCUUUGGUGUAUGUUGUGACUGUUUUAGGGAAUUCGUUUAUCAUGUGUAUCAUUUAUUUGGCCCGCAGACUUCACACAGCCAAAUACAUGGCUGUUUUCCAUCUAGCCGUUGCUGAUCUGUGUGUAAGCUCGACUUUGAUUCCAAAAGUCAUAGACACAUUUUUAUUUGAGCACCAUGACAUUUCAUAUGAAGCGUGCUUGGAAACUUCCUUUUUUGUAUAUCAUUUCAUGACCGUGGAGUCUUUGACACUAGCUGUCUUGGCUUAUGACAGACUGGUUGCUAUUUGUUUUCCUCUACAUUAUCAUUCCAUUGUAACAAGAAAAACAAUGUUUCUGAUUAUAUGCAUAAUGUGGAUUUUUUCUGUAAUACAGUUUUCUAUACUAACAGCUUUGGUGAAUAGGCUCUCUUUUUGUAUAUCGAAUGUAAUUGAUAGUUAUUUUUGUGAUCAUGGCAUUAUCUAUAGACUAGCAUGCAAUGAUAAUUCUAUAAAUAUUCUGAUGGUAAAAAUUAAUUUUGGUCUCCUGAUUUGCACACCGCUGAUACUGAUCUUCAUCUCAUAUUUCUGCAUUGCUCUGGCUUUGCUUAAGAUUGCUCAUGGUGCUGAACGGAUCAAAGCCACGAAAACCUGCACCUCACAUUUCAUGUUGGUGGCAAUCAGUUACAUCCCAAUUUUAUGCAAUCAUAUUGCAUCCUUUACAACACCUAUCCAUCCAAACACCCGGUUCAUUAACAAUUCCCUGACGCAGACAAUACCACCUAUGCUGAAUCCCAUCAUAUACACUCUUAAGUCAGACGAGGUCAUGCAAUCAAUAAAAGAACUGUAUAAACGAAACAAGGUGAACACUACAAAAAGAAUGAAAUGUAGUAGGAGAAAUUCAAAACAAAAAUGACAGGUUUGAACCUAAUCAUCUGUGAUCAUUCAACAAAUAUCUAUUUUAACAGAGUUGAUUGAUUUUGUAUGUUUGAUGUUGUAACAGAAACUGUGUUGUAAACAGGCCGAAUAUGUUUAAAGCCUCAGGGUUGAAA